CUGCCCGUCAGAGCCCGCCCCCAUGGUGCUGUGUGAGGACACAGAGUGCAGCGUGUGCCUCCAGGCCUUCAACCGUCUGGAGCGGAUCCCUAGGGUGCUGCACUGCAUGCACACCUUCUGCACCCCCUGCCUGGUGGCCCUGUCUCAGGGGGUCGGCGACCUGGUCACCGUGCCCUGCCCGCUGUGCCGCCGGGUCACCUGCGUGCGGCGCUGCGUGGGCCUGCAGGGGGCGCUGUGGGUGGACAGCAACGUGUGGGAAUACAUACCGGACAGGGAGGAGGUGGAGGAGGUGGUGCAGCAGCAGCGGCGGCCGGCGGGGGAGGUGAUCGGAGGGAAAGGAGGCCGCACGUCGACGCACGCCGAGUGUCGUGCCUCGUGGCCCCCCAGGACCAAACUCAAGCUCCCCGCCUUCUUCAAGAAGUUCAGCCUCCCGAAGAUGCAGAUGGAGAGAGCCAUGCCCGAGGACCCUGUGGAGAUGAGGUCCUGGCGGCGCCUGGCAACGGACGACCACGUCUAGUCCAAACAGAGAAUCUGGAUCAAGGAAUCCAUAUGAAUUUGCCGAACUACGAACGCUGACAGGGAAGGAAGCCCAGACUGUACGUGGAUGGCAUCCCUCUCCCCGCGGCCCCAGUCGCUCUCUUCCAGUACUCCCAGUACUCCCAGUCACCCCCCCCCCCCCCCCCCCAGCCCCUCAGAUCUGAGGUCAUUAGCAUAGCAGAGCUGCAUUAGCAUAGCGGGCCGGGUAUUAAUAUCUGCGUGCUAACAGAGGCUGGGAUGCGGAUCAGUGGCGGUGGAGGAGGAGGAGGGAGGGGACGGGGGGACGGGGGGGACCCCUCUGUUAUUAAGUCGGGGGUGUACCCCGUCAUCUGCUGUAACGCUGGGAUUUAGCUCAUCUGGCCCUCAGUGAGCACGCCAGGAAGAGUUUAACCCCCGGACACCGGACCCCCGGGACCAGAUGGUGCCCUCGCAGCGUCUCUGGCACAUUGUAUAUUUAAGAGAUGAUCCUCUUUGUGGUUGUUGUAUUUAAACGUAUUCUUAUUGUUUUUAUUUAAAUAAAAGUUACUUUUGGAGA